ACUCAACUAUAGGUGAGACAAUGAUUCGUUGAGCAGGAGCUCGGGCUCUCCCCCCGUCGGCUGGAUUGUACACGUCAGCAGUCAAUACAUUGUACCCAAGAUGUAUCAUAGUCCCAUCAUCCUCUUCCUGGUAUGAGAGUGUUGACACAUUACACCUUGGGGUGGCUGAAGCGACGGCUCGGCAAAUGAGCCGCUUUUCAGGCGGAAAGACAGUCCCGCGUGCGAGGAAAGGCAGCCAGCGAGAAACGGUUGACAUUUGGAUUAACUCGCGCGACGUUCAACUGUACGUUGCCUCCCCGCACGAGGACACGACGUCGCGAGCAACGUUUACAAUGACGGCGCGCGCGAUAAGGUGAAUGAAAACCGUUGUGUUCCAAAGUCUACUUUUACUUUCUCCCCAAAAAAUGAGGUUUCGGCUGCUCAAAAGGAAUGUGCUCGCGCUGUUGGGUGUUUCCUUUGUAGUAGUGACUCUGCUGUUUUCAACACGCGUGUUAUUAGUUUCUGAUAAUGACCCAGCUGCACCUAAUGCCGUCGUUCAGGUUAAUCAGUGCACGCGCUCCGGUGCCAUGGCGAAGUUUAACUUGGGCUCGCUGGCAGAGUUGGCCGAGUCCGUUUACAAUGCCAAUUACAGGCAGUGUGUUCACAACGCCGAUAGGUUCCCAGGGGAGCCUAGACUGGUGCUGGUCGUGCAGGUCCACAACAGGCCUGAAUACCUCAGACUGCUCAUCAGGUCGCUGGAGAAAGCGGCUGAAGUCCACAGCUUCCUCCUCAUCUUCAGCCAUGACUACUUUUCAGAGGAAGUAAACGCCAUUGUGCAAGGGAUAACUUUCUGCAAAGUCCUGCAAAUUUAUUUCCCCUUCAGCACCCAGCUGUAUCCCAAUGAGUUUCCUGGAAAGGAUCCGCGGGACUGCCCUCGAGACAUAUCCAAGGACAGCGCUCUCAAAACAGGAUGCCUGAACGCGGAGCACCCGGACUCAUAUGGACACUACAGGGAGGCGUUCAUCACUCAGACAAAACACCACUGGUGGUGGAAGUUGCACUAUGUGUGGGAGCGAGUGCAGGCGCUGCAGGGCUACAGUGGCUUUGUAGUCUUUCUGGAGGAAGACAACUACAUCUUACCCGACUUUUUCCAUUUCUAUAAAUCAAUGAUGGCGUUCAGGAAAAGCAGCUGCCCAGAUUGUGACAUGCUGUCCUUAGGUAACCACGACGGCCUGGCUGAUUUCCCCAGACUGUCCAAUAAAGUGUUGACCACUGGGUGGAUGUCCACUAAACAUAACAUAGGCAUGGCCAUCUCCAGGGAGGUGUACUACAAACUGAUGGGCUGCAACAACGAAUUCUGCACCUAUGACGACUACAACUGGGACUGGACUCUGCAGCACCUGUCGGGAACCUGCAUAUCAAAGCCCGUCAAAGUGCUUGUGGCGCAGGGCUCCCGGGUUCUCCACACCGGAGACUGUGGCCUUCACCAGAAGGAAAACUGCAGGCCAGAAUGGGCCUCGCAGAAAGUAGAGGAGAGCCUUGUAGCGGCCAAGGACGGCCUCUUCCCGCCGUCUCUUGUCCUUAACGGUGCAGAAGGAGUGGAGCACAAGGCGCACAUGAAGAACGGAGGGUGGGGGGAUGUUCGAGACCAUAUUCUAUGCAGAAACUACGCCAAACGUCUUUGAACUCCCAACUUUUCUCUAAGUCAUAUUCUUCCUUGGUAUUGUGCAGAUGUGCCAUUCAGACAUCACUUUUCAGGUUUUCCGAGGCUGCAGCGGGUUGUUUUUUUCAUUUGGGAGUGUGCAAAGGCUCUCUUCCUACAAGGUCUUCCAAGAAAAGGGACCGAAUCAAGUCC